CUAGCGUUGGUGCGGACUGCAGUCAUCCACGCGCCAAGCUCCUCAUACUAGGUUAGUCGGUAAUCUCAGUGGCACGUGUGAUCAUGGCGUUAUUUCGCAAGCACAAACAGCAUCUAUAUUCAUGUUGAAUCAUUUCCUACGCACGACAACGCAAGUGCCGUCUGUCGCGAACCAAUAACCACCAUGGUACCACGUGUCAGAAUUUCCGCCAUCUUACGUGACAACGCCAACCGCGUCAUCAUGGGCAAUCGAAAAGGAGGCAUUAUCGAGCCUGGAAAAUGGCAAUUCCCCAACACGUACCUCUUACACGGCGAGGACUUCUUCGAGUGCGCAGAGCGUGCUUUCUUGGAAUCCACCGCCCUGGAGGUGUGCGCGACGAAAGUCUUCAGCUGGACAAACGACAUCUUAGAGGGAGGCUAUUGUCAUGACGUCACGUUUUUCGUGCUCUGCGAGCGCAAGGAUGAGACGCAGCUGCCUGAGCUGCAAGAUGUUUGUCAGUGCGAGGGGUGGGAGUGGAAGUCGUGGGGAGAUGUCAUGGAGAUGGGGGAGAAGGAUUUGUUUCUUCCCGUGUAUAAUCUGCUGUGCAGUCAUCCCAACGUGGAGGGUAUGUUCUGACUUCAAUUCUGAGGCGGAGGAGGGGAAAUACACUGUGUUAAGCAGGCUACCCCUUUUUACAAAUGCAACGUUCCGU